AUGGCUUUCUUCUGGUGUUGCGCGCUGCUCUUGGGCCUGGUGGCUGCCAGUUUAGUAAAUGCAGACAUGAAAGUGGACUGCAGGCCUGAUUACAUGACGGUAGUGUGGUCGGACAGCAGAUCGCAGGCCGACACUUCACUCUUCCGGCUGGGGACCUGCGUUCCCACCAGCGUCUCGGCUCGGGAGGCUGUUUUCAGCGUGCGUCUCGACGAUUGUAACUUCAGGACGCUGGUUACCGGGGAUCACCAGAUGUACACCAAUGAUCUGGUCUACUACUCUCCUCCUAACUCUCUGAUGCCUUCCUUCUCCCUCCCUGUCGUCUGUGCGUAUGAAAGGCCUAAAGACUGGACAAUUAGGAUUUUUGACCCAGUGUUUGAUACGUACGGUCAAGAUGAUCUUGUAUUCUUUAUUGGAAUUAUGAAUGAUGACUUCUCUGGUCCUGCUGAAACCACCAGUUUUUCUCUGGGCUCCUUCAUUCGCAUCAUGGCCAGUGUGGAGCAGCAGCACCACCAGCCUUUGCUGAUGCUUCUAGAUGAAUGCAUUGCUACCACGUCACCAGAGCUGCAGCAUGAAGUCGCUCUAUACCCAAUAAUCGCCAAUAAGGGGUGUCUUGUGGACAGUAAGACCUCACUCUCCAGAUUUGAACCAAGAGUAAAGUCAUCAGAGAUCCACUUGUCCCUUCAAGCCUUUAGGUUUGCUCUGGGAGAGGAGGUAUUUAUUCACUGCAACCUUCUGGCUUGGGACCCCAAUGCUCUUGACCACACCAAGAAGGCCUGUAACUAUGUGAAAGCUCAUGGCUGGGAGUUGCUGGACCACCCUACAUACAGCAGUAUAUGUGCCUGCUGUGAAUCCAGCUGCAAGUCCAGGAAGACAAGAAGCCUGACAUCAGGGAAGCGUGGAGUUGAACAUAAAGCAGUCCUUGGGCCCAUUACCAUCAAGGAUUCCUGA